AUGAAAACUGCUGGCGGCGGCCGCAGCUCCCGGCCGAAAGCGCUUCCGCGAGCAGCGGCGCUCGGGGCUCGGCGGCAGGCGGCUACCCUGGCCGCGCUCGCCCUGCUCGGCGCCUGCGGUCCGGCCCCGCCGCCGGCUUCAGCCCGUCCCGGGCAGGCGCCACAUACACCAGCGGCCGGGGCGCUCCGGACGGCCGGGGGGGCGCGGAGGCGGCUACACCGGCGGCUACACCGGCGGCGGCGGCGGCGCUUCGGAGGAGCAGGACGCGGUGGCCGCGGCGGCGGAAUGGACCCUUUCCCGGGAGCCAAAACUCGAAGCCCCCGGGAGCGGCGCUGUCAGAGGGUGACGUCGGGGGGCGGCGCCUGCGCCAUAUAUGGGAGCGGCCGCCCCUCGCCGCGCCCCUCGCCGCCGCCGCCGCCGCCGCGCUCGCUGACUGACUGCCUGACGGCGCCGCGAGCCGGCCCGAGCCCCGCGAGCCCCGCGAGCCCCGCCGCCACCGAGCGCCACCGCGCGCCGCCGCCGCCGCCGCCCCCGGCCGCGCUCCGCGGCUCCUCGCGCCCACCCGCAGCCCGGGAAGUUCCCCCAGACCUCCCCGGCGCCAGCCUCUCUAAAAGCCGAGCGGACGCCGCGGGCGCCCGGGUCCUGCCCUCAGUGCCGCCGGGCCCGGGAGAGCGCGCGGCGCGCAGCUUCCCGACCUGGUUUCGAGGAAUCGGGAGGGCAACAGGGCACGGGCAGCGCGUGGGCCCGGCGGCCGAGCUCCUGCCGGAGCUCCCGGGGGCCAGACGGGCGCCCAGGGGCCGGGCCGGGCGGGGCCUGACCUUCGUUGGGAACCCCGCGGGCCGAGACGGCGACGCCGACCGCUCAGGGCCCCGCGCUCAACGCGAUUUGCACGGGUGGCCCUUGCGCCGCCGCCGCCUCUCCGCCGCCGCCUCCUCCUCCUCGGAGGGCCGAGCCGGGCGGUACGACCCGGCGGCGUCCGCACCCAGGCCCAGCCCGGCCACCCUGCUGGCCUUGCAGUGCCCAGUGGCCCGGCCGCCGCGCGCCUCCAAGCCCCUCCGCUCCCGGGGCCUCCACUGCUGCGUGGUGCAAGGCCAGGAGAGCGAGAGGCGGGCUGGUGCCAGACUCAAGAGUCAUCCAGAAACUUGGGCCAAGUCGGGGUCCCAGGGAGCCAAGCCCGGCGCCGGCAACAAGGCCAGGGCAGUGAGCGCCGCGCCCACGCCGUCGCUGGCGAGAAACGUGCGCCCCAAGUGCCCAGUCCCGCGGGAGACAGCGGACGCGCCGCGGAAUUCGCUCGACCCUCUCCCUGGAAAUCCCAGGGCUCUCCAAGUGCCCCGCCUGGGCCGCGCGGCCGGAGAGCGAGGACGGGGGCUGCGCGGUGGCCACCAGGCCUGCCGCAGCCAGGCUGGGGUCUCUCGAGGGGAGCCCCUCCGCUCGCACGAACGUCCGGGACCCACGGACCCCCGUCCGCCCCCAAAUGCUGCCCAGGCCGGCCCUCGGCCCGCGCUCACCUCCCCGCGGUCCGGCCAGGAGGGGCGCAGGCGGACCCCCACCCCCGGCCCCGGCCCCCCGGAGCCCGAGCGGCCGCCCAGGCAGCGCUCGCCCGCCGCCAGAACGCUGCCAGGGCGCGGCGCAAAAGUUCACUGCGAGGCCAGGCCCGCAGCGCCGCCCGAGGUCCCGGGCUCCCGCGUCCCCAACCCCGCCGCGCGCCCCCGCCGCAGCCCCGCCCGCGCCCCCGCAGGCCAGGGGAACGCACCCCCGCGGCGGGUGGCGCGCCCGGCCCCCCUGCGCCCAGCGCCCGGCCCGCGGCGCGCCAAGUUCAACUUUCGUGGCCGGCGGCCUCUGGGGGCCGCAGGCCGGGGCGGGGAGCCCCCGACGCGGCCGCGAGCGGACCCCGCGCGCCUACCUGCGCCGCUCAUUCGACGGGCGUCGCGGGGCGCCCUGGCCGCGAGGUGGCGGCGGCGCCAGCGGCCGGCCGGGAGGGUGUGCGGCCCGGCGCCUUCCCACGUUCCCACCUCCCACCCUCCCGGGAGAGCCCACGGGCCGGGCCGCGAGCGCGCCAGUGCGCACGCGCCGCGCUGCCUUCCACCGCGGGAGGCGGCGGCGCGGCGGGCGGGGGCCGGGCGGUGGCGCGAGGAGGUGCCCGCAGGCGGCCCCGCGGCCCGCCCCCGCCGCCGUGCCCCCCGCCCGCCGCCCUUGCGGAGGGACCUCCGGAGCGUCCCCGGGGCCGGGCGCGGGGCCCCCACGGGGAGGCCUUCCGCAAGCGCCGGAGCCCCGCUCCUUCCUCCAGGGCCCAAAGGCUUUGGCGACCCCUGA